AUGGGUGACCGCGAGCGCAACAAGAAGCGGCUGCUGGAGCUGCUGCAGGCGGCGGGCACCGGCAACGCGUACUGCGCAGACUGCGGGGCGGCGGAUCCCGACUGGGCCUCUUACAAGCUGGGCAUCUUUAUCUGUCUGAACUGCUCCGGAGUCCACCGCAACUUUCCAGACAUCAGCAAAGUGAAAUCCGUCAGACUUGACUUCUGGGACGACAGUAUCGUGGAGUUUAUGACCCACAAUGGGAACCUCCGAGUGAAGGCCAAGUAUGAAGCAAGAGUCCCUGCAUUCUACUACAUCCCCCAGGCCAACGACUGCAUGGUCUUAAAAGAACAGUGGAUUCGAGCUAAGUAUGAGAGACAGGAAUUUAUGGCCGAUGGGAAAACCAUCUCACACCCAGGUAACCGAGAAGGGUUCCUGUGGAAGCGGGGAAGGGAUAACGCACAGUUCCUGAGAAGGAGGUUUGUCCUCCUGGCAAGAGAAGGCCUGCUGAAAUACUACACCAAAGAAGAGGGUAAAGACCCCAAAGCUGUCAUCAGCAUCAAGGACUUGAAUGCCACCUUCCAGACAGAGAAGAUUGGGAACCCCCACGGGCUGCAGAUCACCUACCGGAGAGAUGGCCACAUUCGGAACCUGUUUGUGUACCACGAGAAUGGGAAGGAGAUAGUGGACUGGUUCAACGCCCUCCGUGCAGCCCGUCUCCAAUACCUUAAAAUGGCCCUUCCUGAGCUCCCAGAGUCUGAGCUUGUGCCCCUCAUCACCAGGAACUAUCUCAAACAAGGCUUCAUGGAAAAGACCGGUCCAAAGCAGAGAGAACCUUUCAAGAAAAGGUGGUUUGCUCUGGAUCCCCAGGAGCGCAGGCUGCUUUAUUACAAGAACCCGCUGGAUGCCUUCGAGCUGGGCCAGGUGUUUCUCGGGAGCAACGAACAGGGGUACCAGGUAUUCGAAGACCUGCCCAAGGGCAUCCGAGGGAACCGCUGGAAAGCUGGCCUCACCAUCGUCACCCCCCACCGGAGGUUCGUCUUCACCUGCCCCAGCGAGAAGGAGCAGCGUGAAUGGCUGGAGAGUUUCCGGGAGGUCCUCUCCAGCCCUUUGACCCCCCUCAACCUCCUUGCUGUGUCAACAGAGAGUGACUGCAGCCACAGGUGA